UUUCGAAAGUAGCUGAAUAGCUCGCAAGGGGAGUUUACGAGUGGCACGUUAAUGCACCACGGUAGCUUUUACUUUCGACGCUUUGUAUGAUUUGCGGUCGUCAGGUAAAAGAAAACAAGUCGAAGAGAAGCACAAACGUAGCCGGAGCUAUUUUGUAUUUUAUGUCGCUGUGAAAGCGCUGUUAAGUUGGUGAAGCCAUGCUGAGGUUCUUCAUAUUCGGCAUCCUAAUCGCGUCCACAGGAAAGCCUGUGAGCGCUGCGUGUAAAAUUGAGAUGAGCCCUCCAAGAGUUAUGGUGAAAUUUGGACACUCCCUCACAGCCAACUGCACCUCAUUGUACAGUGAGAUCGCAGGAAUUGGCUGGGAGUCCACAUAUGGAGGAGUAGGCCUUCAGACUGGGAUCUCCACUCUCCCCUUUAAAAUUGACACUGUGGAACGCUGGGUCAUACAGCCGACCUGUUACGUCACUCUGCCUAACGGUGAUCAGUGUGAAGAACCCCUGCCAGUCACUGUUUACCAAGUUCCAGAGAGUGUGUCUAUAGCUCAGCCCCUCAGUGAAGCUGGUCCCAUGGUGGAGGGCAAACAGUAUCGCAUACAGUGCGACAUCGUUAACGUUGCACCAGCAAGCCUCCUCUCCGUGUACUGGCACAAAGGCAAUAAGAUAAUCUAUCAUGAGACUUUUAAAGAAUCCACUCUAUCUCCAGUCAAUAAGUCGUCCAUCCUCAAUCUGACUGCCCAAAGGGAUGAUGACGGCAGUCAGAUCUCGUGUGAAGCAAAGCUAGACUUGGGGCCAGGGGAGCUAAAUCAUUCUGCAGUGCAAUCAAAGUCACAUGAAGUGGCUGUACUCUACCCUCCAGCCUUCAUCAAUCCUGAAACAGAGACAGUGGAACUUUCAGAUCGGGAAAACAUAAUAUUAUAUUGCAACGCCACAGGAAACCCGGUGCCAGUCUACAGUUGGGAUUUCCCACAAGCCAUACAAGAGAUGAGCAAGAAUGAGGACGUGAACCAACCCUUUUUGAUCCCAUCCUUUCAGUUUCCAGGGAACUAUAGCUGUAAAGCCUCCAACACUCAGGGCACCCGCAUCAAAUAUUUCACCGUCAUCGAAGCUCCAAGGGACCGCACAACCCUCGCAGCCAUAAUUGGAGUAUUUGUGGCCCUUGGAGUCCUGCUCUUCGUUGGCGGUGUACUUUUUGUGACGCGUGACGGCACAUUUUCUUGCAACCAAAGCAAAUACCUCAGAGGACAACCUUCAGGAACUGUAUGAGGCUGACUUUUUCUUUUUAAUUUAAAUUUUGCAUGCCUCUGUUAUGCAAAUGUUGUGCUUGAAGACAAAUAUCGGGCCCAUGUCUCUUAACCGCUGAGGGGCAUUGUCUAUUCUGCUCGUGCAGCUGGUGUGCUUUUGCUCAUGCUUGGCCAUGGUAGCUUUAAAAAAUGCAUAAUCUCAUCAGCUGCUGUCUUUAAAGCUCCACUAAUCAAUACUGUUGUUUGAACAAGCAGUACAUUUACUGUGCAGUGUGUUUAAAUGCACCAUAGUAGCCUUGUUACUGUAAAUCUGCAUAUAAAUGCCACUGUCAAUAAUCCCAUUUCUCCCCUGCCACAACCUUUCAUCAGAAGCAUGACUCAGUUAGUUUAAAUAUAGGAGUGAUGCACUUCCUGAGCUUUUUCUGGACAGCUUUUUCCCACAGCAGCUUUCUGUUUCAGUUUUACUCUGACUUUGGAUGGAGUCACUUGGCUUAUGCAUCCUGGGUACACAGAGCAACCUCUAAUUUCAUGCUGCCGGUGCUAUCCCGUCCAAAAUCUUUGACCGGAUCAUUCGCUCACCCCAAAAGCUGACUGAGCUGGUCACUUAAGUGCAUGUAAACACACUGAAAGAACCAAAUUAGUGUUGAACCCAGGGGCAUUAUCAUCUAACUGAGUGCUUCUUCUAACUCAUUGUUUUGAUUUUGUGGCUUGCAUAUUUACUGUAUGGUUUGCUUUGAGCUGCUCUGAUCAUGUUUGCAGUCAAAAGGCUCUGAUAAAUAAACUCACUGUGUGCAACCUGUGGAAUAUAUAUACACUACCGUAAAAGUUUGGAGUCACUUAGAAAUGUCUGUAUUUUUGAAAGAAAAGCUUUUUUUUUUUUAAAUUGAAGAUAACAUUAAGCUAAUCAGAAAUACAGUCUAGAUAUUGUUAAUGUGGUAAAUGACUAUUAUAGCUGGAAACAGCUGAUUUUUAAUGGAAUAUCUACAUAGGGUAGCUAAUGAUGGUGAAAGGCUAAUUGAUGAUUAGAAAACCCUUGUGCAAUUAUGUUAGCACAUGAAUGAAAGUGUGAGUUUUCAUGGAAAACAUGUAAUUGCCUGUGUGACCCCAAACUUUUGAAAGGUAAUGUACAUAUCUUGGACGCAUUAGCAGCAAUACAUUUCUGAGGCCCUAAUCAAUUGGGGUUUGUCAGCUUUAACACCCGUGUCACCAAACAAUUAUUUCUUUGAGUGUAAAUUUUUAACAGCCAAUAGCUUGAAUAGCUUUUAUUUUUCUAUAAAUUAAUGGCAACAAUAGUAACUUGUGUAUUUGACAGUAAAACCAGCAGCCAUAGUUGCGUUAUAGCUUAUAAUGACCUUGGUACAUUUAGGGGCGGAGGGGAGGGUGUACAGGAACGACACUAAAUGCUAAAUUUUCCACCGACCCAAAGUAGUGACUCACUGCUCAGGCGAAAUGGAAUUGCUCAUUACCAUGUUUUUAUCCAUUCAUUUUGUUUAUCUUUAUUACUAAACACUAACAACACACCUAUGUAAAGCUAUGCUACAUCCUUACAUGGCAUGUAAUGUUGAUGAGUUUUUAAAAUUCUUUACUUUUUAAAAAAAUGUAUUCAUAUUCUGUAAAAUUAUUUUGCCAUUUGUUUUUUCUUUUUUUUGAUGCACUGGUACCUUGAAUGUUGAAUUAUUUUUGCACUGAACAGACUGACUAUUGUCAUUUCUACAUUGUAAUAUUGGACAACAGUUUGUUGCUUUUUUGAGUCUACCUGAAUUAAAUGACAAUAAAAACCAGUCUAAUGUACUGGUGAGAGAUGUGCUUGAAAAAAAAUAAACAUUUCUCGGUAUGAGAGUUGACCUGAUGAAAAAACUUGUAGUGCGAGAAAUGUUAAUGUAUUGUGUGCUUAUGUGACUCGUGCACAUGCAUGAGCCAACUUCUCUGUCAGUUAUGUCCUUAGGCAGAAUACUGAUUGAGGCAAAGUCAAACCAAUGUCUAUGUUUCCCUGCCACCUUUUGUCAAUCCCUUGGACCUCUCUCUCUGUCUCUUUCAGUCUGGCUUACAUUAUACAGUGCUGAGACUGCCAUACUAAUUAGUUCUGAACAAAGCGAAUGUAAAGGAGAGUGUUUGCUAUCCUGCCCCCCAUUGCCAAUGUAAACUUUUUUUUCCUUUUUCUGAAGCCACGUUCUUCAAGCUCAACUCCUGUCAAAAGAUUUUUUUUUAACCGGAAAGUACUGUUUGUGUAUGCUCUGACUGUGUUGCCAUGACAACCUGGCAGAGUGGAUCUUGCUCAAUUAGUCAUGGAGUUUAAAAAAAAGGGUUUUAUUUAUUAUAAAAGCACAACAUGUCUCUCUGGAGAGCUUGCAGAAGGAGCAGCAUAUUCAAAGCUGCAAGUGAUGUGAGGGUCGUCCUGUAAUCUGUACAUAGAGAUUCCCAGCUGUGCUCUCUCUCCAUAAAUACACCGAAAAGCAUCCGAUUACUUGUCCACUUGCACUGCAGUUUGCGGUCUGAGCUGAUAUCCUGUGUAGCAUUCUGGUCACAGUGUGAGUCUUACAAGCUACAUGCUGCACAAGACCCAUACUCCUGCCUGCUGCGAUUUCACAAAGCACGGGGUUCAGAAGCAAUAGGAGACGAGCGGGCGAGAAGAACUAAAAACAAGCUUUCCUUCACAGCCAGUCAUGACUUGACACCAAAAACAAGUGAUCUGACAGCAUACUGUGACCACACUGAAGUUGACUCACUAUAAUAAAGACAAUUUACUUCUGAUUUGUGUGGUUUUGUAUAUAAAUCCAGGAAUCUUACUAGUGUUUUGGCUCCAAAGUUACAAAAGACGAGUUUCGGCAACAGAUUUUAACUUGAUGAAACUAUAAAUUACAUUGUGUAUGAAUAACUAUACAUCAGAAGUGAUAGUAUUCCUUUUGUGCACAUUUUGCUCUUCAGAGAUAGCAUUCUAGAUAUUAAAAAUGAAAAAUAGACCAUAUAUUGGUGAGGUUUUACUGUGUGUCUACGUUAUUCCUGUUUGCUGUGGUAUUUCUAAGCUUACAAUAAAAUCACUGCAGUGCAUAAGCA